AUGGGGAUAAAAAAAAGGCUUAAAAUAAUAUAAUGGAAAAACUUCUAGAAGAAUACAGUUAAAUAAAAAAAGAAAAAGAUGAUCUUUCCCAAAUUAUAUAAAAAAUGGAAGUUAAUCAUUAUUCAUAAAUAUAAAUGGAAAAAGAUAAACUUAAAAAAUAUUAAUAAGAAACAUAAAAUCUUUAAAAAAAAAUAAGACAAUUAAAAAAUGAAUUAGACAAAUACAGAAGCAAAACUUUAAAAAAAAGAAAGCGAAUGUUUAGAUUUAAAUAAAAGAAUAGGCUAAAAAUAUAGCAUCGAAGAUAAAUAAAAAGAUAGAGAUUAAAACAUAUUUAUUAAGUUUAUGGGAAGAAAACCUAUAUAUUCUAAUAAUUAAGAUGAUAGAUUAAUACUUUUAUUGAAUCAUUUUGAAAAUUAAAGGGAAAAAUUUGAAAAAGAAAACUUAAUUUUAAUAAAUGAAAAAGAAUAAUUAAAUUAAAAUUUAAUUGAAUAAAGUGCAAUUUCAUAAAAAUUGUUUGAAGAAGAUAGAAACAAAACUUAAUUUUUUGAAAAAGUUUAAUAAGAAUUAUUAAAUUAAAUAAAUUAACUUACAUAAGAAAAAAACAAUCUAAUAGAAAUAAAUUAAAAAAUAAUUAAAACAUAGGAAGCUUUUACUUAUUAAUAUGAUUAAUUAAGCCAAAAAUAUAUAGAAACAAAAAAGAAUUAUGAUAAUUAAAAAAUAUAAAUAUUUAAUUAAGUUCAAAAUUAAGAAAAUAAUAUAAAUUUCCAAAAUUCAAUUGGCAGUAGUAAUUUUAAUAAAAAAGACGAAAAAUCAUUUUUCGUUUAAAAAUGCAUAAAUGAAAGUGAAGAUAUAAUAAAAAUAGAAGAAAAUGAUAACACAUUAAAAAAUGUAUAAGAAAUGAAUAAAAAUAACUCUUUAAAAUUAAAACAUUUUUAAUAAAUAAUAAUAUAACUAUGUGAUAUAUAUUAAGUAGAAAACGAAAACUAAUUAAUAUAAUGUGCCCAAAAAACAGAAUUAGUAAUGUAGGCUAUACCUAAAAUGGAAAAUAUAUUAUAAUAAAUAACUUAAGUUCUUUUCGGGGAAAAAAAAAAAGUCUAAAGUAUUGAUAAAAUAGUUCCAAUACUGUAAAAAUAAUAAUAAGAUUUAAAACUUAUAGAUUAGUUUUUUAAUUUUAAAAACAUUUUAUGCACUUUACUUGAUUUAGAUGAAGAAUGUACUGAUAAAGAUAUUAUUGAAUAGAUUAAAAUUAAGAAAAAAAAUUAGAUUAUAUUGUAAAAAAUUUAAAGCUUGUUUAAAGUUGAUAAUAUUGAGUAUUUAUUUGAAAAACUUUAAAAUUUUAAUUCCUAAAUUGUUGGUAUGUAAAGAUUUAUUAAAAUUAUAAAAAAACUUCUUGAAUUAGAUGAAGAUAUGAGAUAGGAUGCUUGUUUUACACAUAUUUUAAAAUUAAUUGAAAAUUUUAAAAUUAAUGACUUUGACUUAGUUUUUAAUAUUUAAAAAAAGUUAAACUUAACAGACCAUAAUUAAAUCUUGUAAAAAAUUGAUUUAUUAAUCAAAAAUUAAUAAUUACAAUUGAUAUGA